AAUAGCAGUGUUUUUAAAGUGAAAAUUCCCCUUUUGCCAAGAUAAAGAUGGACAAUGGAAGAAAAAAAUGUAAAAUGCAAUUGGAUGUGAUGAAAAGUAUCGAUGAAAUUUUCAUUUUGAGGCAAUAGCAAGAAGAAGAAGAAAAAUAUUAAUGUGAUUUGUCGUUGUCCCCACCACGUCUUCACAAUACAAGUUAGGGAAGACAACGACUACGACGAACGAAAAAGAAGAGCCCCAAUAGCAGUUGGUGGUAAAGCAAAGCAAUGGGAAAAUCAUAAGGCACACACACCAAAAGCAAAAAAAAAAUACAAAAAAAAAUGAAAAAAACAAAUACAAAAUACACAUAGCGCGGCGGCCAGUGAGAAAUUGACGAAAUCAACUCUGUAUGUCGUCGUAUUGUCAUCAUCACUCUCGUCGUAGUCGUCGUGGUCGUCAUUUGUAUGUAACCCUCCGCCCCCUGGGCCCUAAAAUAAAAUAUGUGUAGUGUAUGGUGUGCAAGUGUUAUUAGCUCAGUGCUCUCGAGAAGGGAAAGAAAUGAGGCUUAAACCUAAAACGCAAGAAUAAGAAUAAGCACAAUAAACGCAAAAAGCCAAAGUAACAACAACAUUGGGAAGGAAAAAAGAUUGUAGUGAAAUCAGGAAAGAAGUAAACAACCACAUCUACUACGCCUGGAUUUCCAGCAUUGGAGCGAUCACCCAACCAACAAGAACAGGAAUACAGACUAGGCAGCCGUGGCUGCAGCAGCAUUGAAACAUUUGAAUUUUUGCUCCUAACAAACAAAAAGAGUAGAAGAAGUUUGCGAAACGUACAACAACAACAAGAACAACACACCAAAAAACCUCCAAGGGGAGAAUUGGUGUAAGUGCGAAAGAGUCAGCAAAUCAACAUUACCAGAGCGCACAUAGAGCAGCAGCAACAACUACAAAAAAUACCAAAAAAAAAACGAAUGAGGUGGUUGUUCAGCAGCGACUGAACUCGAAACUCUCAAAACACACUACCAGCAAGAAGAAGAAGCAACACACAACACUCGCAACCAGCCAACCAUCAACAGCGCGGCAGCAACGCAACCAGAGCAACAACAGCACCAAAAACAACAUUAAUGGGACUAUAACAGCAGCAGCAAUAACAAAUACAACAACAGUAAAUGCUACAAUAAUAAUAAUAAAAAGCAAAAAAGAAACGGUAAACGAAGAAGAAGCAUCAGCAGCAGAUACAAGAAGACAAAUAUGAACUAAAUUUUUAGGUUUUUUCUGAACGAAUAUUCACACACCACAAAACAUCAGCCAGCCAUUAGCAGAAGGCAGGCGGCAGCAGCACAGUGGAAGCGGCAGCAGUAGCAGCAGCGCGAUUGAUUAGAGGAGGGGGUGCAGAAGAGAUGACGGUGUGAAGUGGUGGUACAAAGAGGACAGAGAAAACAAACGACGACCAACGAACGAAUGUAUAAUAAAAUAUAAAAAUCGUUUUUAUUGUAAAUGAAAUAUCUCAGGCAAAAGUACAUUUUUCGAUGGUACGCAAAUUUUAACAAAAAAUUCAUCCAUCAAUUAUUGAGUGAGUGCGCGUAGUGUGUGUGACGGUGUCCAGUGUACGCGUAGUUAAGGCACGGCGUGUACAGAGGGAGCGGAGUCUUCGCAAUAUCAUCAAUUCAAAGACUUCAUAAAUAAAAUCGAACCUAAUUUUCUUCUGUGUGUGAAUAUGAAAAACGAAGACAUUUUUAGAAAAAUGCUGGAUUUUAUAGAAAACAGGAGGACGGCUGCGUGAGUUGAGCACUCGCAUACUCACAACCGACCGUCUCUCGCUCUCUCUCUCUCCUUUCUACUCUAUUGCUCUACGUUCUUCGAAGACAUCUCUCCCCCCACAACACAGAAAAUUGUGCUGUGUGUGGAUGACGACGACGGGCAGAAGCAGCAGCAGCAGCAGAAAUAAGAAACAGCGGCCAACAAGAGACUUUUAAAAUUUGUUGAAAGUAACUACAAAAUAUAAUAGAAAUUCAUCCAAAAGAAGUAAAAAAAACACAGUGAGCGCCAAUUAAAAAAAAUAAUAGUGAAAGAUAUUGGCCGAAAUAAACACACAUACGUGCGUACCCCACAACAGCAGCCAGCGGGGUUUGAAAACAAAACUCGGCGAGUUGUGGUGUGUAUUCUCUUCAUAUCUCGCUCGGAAGGUCGGUCUCCUCCGAAUCAGAAAAACAGAAAACAUUAACAUCACAGCACACUUUUCUCCAAGAAGUAAAAGCAAGACAAAAAAAAACACAUCAGCAACAACAACAACAACAGUAACAAAAGAAUAACAAAAAAACAAAAAUGUAUGGCAAAUCGAAAACCUCAUCGGUGCCUUCAGAUGCUCAGGCCCGUGAAAAAUUGGCUCUGUAUGUGUACGAAUACCUGCUGCAUGUCGGAGCGCAAAAAGCUGCACAAACGUUCCUCUCCGAGAUACGGUGGGAGAAAAACAUAACGCUGGGCGAACCACCGGGUUUCCUACACACAUGGUGGUGCGUAUUUUGGGAUUUGUAUUGUGCCGCCCCCGAAAGACGUGAUCAGUGCGAUCAUUCAUCAGAGGCCAAGGCCUUCCACGACUAUGGAUUUGUCAGUUCGGGUUAUGGAGUCAACGGAAUUGGCCCUGGUGGUCCACACAGUGCAGGCGGUCCUGCGCCCAGUCCCUUGGGGCAAAUGCCACCAGGAGGUGAUGGUCCCAUGGGACCUGGAGGCCCUAUGGGGGCGAAUUUCUUCCCCAGUUCAACAAUGAGACCUUCACCGCCAACACAUGCGUCAAGUCCACAGCCCCCACCAUCACAGAUGAUGCCGGGUCAACCGCCAUUUAUGGGCGGUCCACGAUAUCCUGCCGGUCCCCGACCUGGUGUCCGCAUGCAGGGGAUGGGCAAUGAAUUCAACGGUCCACCCGGACAACCUAUGAUGCCCAACAGUAUGGAUCCUACACGGCCGGGAGGCAUGGGACCCAUGAAUCCCCGUAUGAAUCCACCCAGAGGACCGGGUGGUAUGGGUCCCAUGGGCUAUGGCGGUCCUGGUGGUAUGCGAGGUCCUGCGCCUGGACCGGGUGGAAUGCCACCCAUGGGUAUGGGAGCUGGCGGAAGGCCACCCCAAUGGCAACCAAAUGCUGCGGCGCCAAUGAAUGCGUACUCAUCAUCAUCACCGGGCAAUUAUGGACCUGGUCCAGGUUCAAAUGGUCCUCCGGGUCCGGGUACACCUAUAAUGCCAUCACCACAAGAUAACACACAAGCGGGCCCCGGCGGUCCUGGCGAUAACAUGUAUUCGCUAAUGAAACCAGAAUUCCCAAUGGGUGGUGGUCCAGACGGCGGCGGGGGUGGGCCCGGAGGCAUGGGUCCCAUGGGUGGUGGUCCAAAUUCAAUGGGUCCUGUACUUAAUGGCGGUGCUGGUGAUGGCACUGGUCUGGACGGCAUGAAGAAUUCACCAGCCAACGGAGGUCCGGGAACGCCCCGCGAAGAUUCAGGCAGCGGCAUGGGCGACUACAAUCUAGGCGGCUUUGGUGGGCCGGGCGAAAAUGACCAAACAGAAUCGGCGGCUAUAUUGAAAAUCAAAGAAAGUAUGCACGAAGAAGCGAAAAGGUUUGAGAAAGACACAGAACAUCCUGACUACUUCAUGCAAUAACCGCCCGAACAAACCGUCGUACAACAGCCACCAACAACAUCAGCAGCUGCAGCAACAGCAACAGAUCUGGACGAAAAGAUGAACAACAAUAAUGCCUCCACCUCCGCCAAUGUCAAUGCCGCCGCCGCCUCUUCCUCCUCCUCCAAUGCAGCUCAGCACUCAGUCACCAAUUGCAGUAAUGCAACUGCAAAUACAACAACCUGCUCCUCCUCGAGUUGCACAGAAGAAGAUGAGACAAAUGCUUUACUAGCGGUAGCCAUGAUGAAUAGUGUCAAGGAAGUGGGUUCAGCAAUGUUACAACAUUUGUGGUCCUCAAUGGCAGCAGCUUCUAAGCAGCAACCAUAAAGCGUGCGUGCGUUCGAGCUUUCGUUCAAGGAGGUGGUAGUGUAAUGACGGCGAUCUUGAAGGCGGCUACUCCUACCCCAUUAAAGAAGAAGAAAAAACAAAAACCCUUACAAUUCAGUUGAUAUCGUUUUUGAAUCGACUGUCUCUUGCCUUUUUUUGUCGAUUGAACAUGAUCUGUUUUAUGAAGAAUAUGAUGAUGAUGACUGUGUUUGGGUAUCCUUUUUUAAAGAAAGUACUCCAUCCGCACAACAACAACAACAACACUCAAGCCGGGACAGGGUGAUUGAUUGAUAGACAGAUGACACACAUACUAUGUAUAUGCAACCUAUAAUGUGUGGCCUAGGAGAGCGAAGAACAAGUCAAACACAACAACCAUUACAGAAAGCAACACAACAAAAACUACUGGUAAAUGGCAUUAAUUAAACAAAAAUAAAUUAAUUUACUUUUUAUUUAAAAAAAAACUUAUUUUAUUUUUUUGUAAAUUAAACUUAAAUAAUUAAUAUGAGAUAUGAAUGAAUGAUGAAAACAAAAAUCAUCAUGAUAUAUAAACAUGCAUACAUAUGUGGAAAUAACUACUCCUCCAAAACUCCCUUUAAAGUUAUAUACAUAUAUACAAAACACAGCAACCACAGAAAACUUAAAUUAUUUUCUCCAAAAAGAAAACAGGAAACCCUAAUAUGUACUGUAACAUAAAUACAAAAGAUAAAAUUAUUAAAAAAAGAAAAAAACUAUGAUGAUGAAUGGUUAAAAUUCAUGCAAAAUGGACCAUUUCUAGAGACACACCGAAACACAGACACACGAAUUAAGACCGUCUCAUUUCCUUUCCUACACUCUAUUUCCUUCACCUACUACCCCUCCCUCAUUAUCCAGUUUAGUAGAUAAAAUCUUCAAAGAAAAUUUUUGGAAGAAAAAUCCAUAACUUAAAGUAUUAAACGAUCAUAUUUUUUUGUACAGUUUCUUAAAUGAUGAAGAUUAAAAAAAAAAAAACAAAAACAAAAAUAUAGAAAAAAACUAAAAAUAUCAACAACUAUAAAUUGAAUUGAUUUAUUUUAAAUAAGAAUUGUAUUAUAAUAAUAAAUAAAUAAAUAUAAAAUAAUUGACCCACAACCCACCCCCUCUCAUAGCCAGUCCCCCAACUAUUUCUCUCCAAACCUUAAAAUAAAUCCCCUUUUUUAAAAAAAGAGCUAUAAAUAUAGAAUUAAUGAAAAAAAAAAAACAAAA